AUGCCGCGCGACGCCGACGACCGCGACGUCCCCCGCGGGUCCCCCCCGGACAAGGCGCUCAUCGUUCACCCGCGGUUCAAACACCUCGCGCGCCUUCCUCCGCUCGAGUUUUGCCCCAUGGACUGGCUCCCCGACGAGGUCCUGCGGAACGUCGUGUCGCACCUCGACGGCGUCUCCCUCGCGAAGCUCUCCACGGUGUGCACGCGGACGCGGUAUUUAUGCGACGACGAGCGCGUGUGGCGCGACGCGUGCGCGGACGCGUUCCCGCUCGUCUUCGGCGGGAUCAGAGGCGAGGACGACGACGAGAGGCCGGCGCCGUGCGACGGCGGGUGGAGAGAGGCGUACAAGACGCAUCACACCGUGCUGUACGAGCUGUUCCGCGGCGGCGGGACGAGCCGCGCGAUGGAGGGGCGCGUGCACGGCGCGUUAGGGGAAGGCCUCGGCGCGAUGUCGAGCGGGAGGUACGGACGCGUCGGCAUUCGCGUCGACGCGUGA